AUGCUAUCACCUCUUGUCAUUGCAGCAAUAUUCGUCUGGGCGCGGUUGGCGAAUGCCUGGGGCACUCUUGGGCACGAGACGAUCGCAUGGAUUGCCCAAUCAUAUGUCUCAGACACCACAAAGGCAGCAGUCCAAUCGAUCCUAAGCUCAACGCAGUCCGACUAUAUGGCCAAUGUGUCUACAUGGGCUGAUUCAUACCGGUACACCAGCGAGGGUGAAUGGUCCGCGCCACUCCAUUACAUCGAUGCGAACGACAACCCUCCAGAGUCAUGCUCGGUGGUCUUCAGUCGUGAUUGUGGCGACGCUGGAUGCUCGGUCUCGGCCAUUGUAAAUUAUACGUCCAUCUUGUUGAACGACGAGUCCAAAUCUUCGACCCAAUUCGACGCCAUGCGAUUUAUCAUUCAUUUCGUUGGAGAUCUGCAUCAACCUCUUCACGACGAGGCCAUCGAUGUCGGAGGGAACACCAUCAACGUCACCUACGACAGUGAAAAGACCAAUCUGCACCAUAUUUGGGACACGGAGAUUGUGGAGCAGUUGGCAGAUGGCCAGGACGCCGAGACGUUCGGGAAGAAUCUCUCCGCUGCGAUCAAGGCGGGCGACUACGGUUGGGAUGCCAGCAGUUGGCUGGAUAGUAUGAGCUUGAAUGAUACGCAAACCACGGCCAUGAGCUGGGCGAGUGAGGCGAAUGGCUAUGUGUGCACCGAUGUCCUCGCUCCAGGUAUUGAUGGAGUUGAGCAAGGGGAUUUAAGCGGCACCUAUUACAAGGCCCACUAUGAUGUGGCGAGGAUUCAGAUUGCACGGGCUGGCUAUAGGUUGGGCGCCUGGUUGAACUUGAUUUACACAGGCCAGGCAAGUGAUUGA